GACAGUCACUUGCAUGAUAGCCACAUAAGCGUUGGGUGCUUCCAUAGGGUGAUUUCCGUCAUAUAACAAGGUUGUUAUUGUUCCGCCCCUAUGGCAGGUAAUGCCGCGUUCAAGACAACUGGGAACUCUGAAAAGGAUGUGCUUGGAAUGGUCAUCCAACUCGGAAUUCAUAUAGCUCUAGGAUGCCCGAGUUUCCGACUUGGAAUUCCGAUUUGGAUGACCAUUCAAAAGAUUUUUCACAGACGGAACUCGCUUUUUUUUCCCCCCGAGUUCCCAGUUGUCUUGAACGCACUGAUGUCGGAGAUUUCCGAGUUCCAAGUUCCCAGUUUUCUGAACGCGGCAUUUGAGGUUUGCUGUCAAAGUCAAACGUCACACAGGUAGCCUAGGUAGGUAGGUGACCGUGUAUCUUCCGGAUCCUUUUCAAAUCACACGGUAGCGGUUGUGCGACUUUACCCAAAGGCUUCAGUACAGCCGUGACACAGCGGUGUCCAGCCAUGGCCGAGUCCCAGCUAACAUGCAUGGAGGACGGCCACAUCAAAGAGAACGUCCCGGAGUCCAAACCGGAGUUUUACUACAGCGAAGAACAACGCGCGGCGGUUGAACAACUGCUCAAAAACGGUGACGGCGCGUUCAAACUGCGACUGAAAGAGGACAAAGUGAAAGACUUUCUCUCGGCUCGUGAUAUUAAAACGAUAAGGAACACUUUCAAAGAAUAUGACACUGAAGAUGAAGAGAAGUCCGGAGAAUUAAAGGCGAAACCCAACGAUUCCAAAGCGGACUCGGGGCACCAUUCGACGUACUGGCCGCAGAUGUCGGAUACAGAGGUGCCGCCGUUGGAUCUCGGUUGGCCCAACGGGGGUUUGUUCAAGGGGGUCACACGCGUGGCAGUUCACACGCACCCGCCAAAAGAGAACGGACCGCACAUCAAGGAGGUCAUUCGUAGGCUGAUCCAAGAAGCUACCAAGGUGUUAGCUAUAGUCAUGGACCUGCUGACAGACAUCCAGAUACUGCAGGACCUGCUGGACGCAGCGUCGCGGCGCUCCGUGGCCGUCUACAUCCUAUUGGAUGUCAGCGGGGUUCCACACUUCCUGGAUAUGUGCUGCAGGCUGCAGGUCGGAGCUCAGCACCUGCGGAACAUCAGGACUCGUACAGUUCAGGGUACAGGGUUGGGUCUGUCCUUCGGUCGACUCCUUGGUUCUUUGUGUAGUAAAUACAUGCUGGUGGAUGGGGACAAAGUCAUGUUCGGCUCCUACAGCUUCUCAUGGAGUUCGUCUCGGAUGGACCGCAACAUGAUCACGGUCAUGACUGGCCAGGUGGUCGACUUCUUCGACCGCGACUUCUGCGAGCUCUACGCCAUCUCCGAAAAACUGGACCUCUACAAGGAGUUCAACCUCAGCCCACCUCCCAAAAUGGCCGCCGCCGCGCGGCUCAAGGUGGAGCCCGUAAAACCCCAGAUACGAGCCGCCACAUCCAGAUUCCAGGUUAGUCUAGGCCACUCGCGUAGAGGUGAUCUCCAGGUGCCUGCACAUAAAUACCACAACCCCAAAUACUCUUUGGUGUACGGGAAUAGUGUUCCUGGACUGAUGGGGUCCUUGCAGGAUCUACCAGGCAUAGAAAAGACAGCUAUAACUGCGGGUCCUGAGGGACUAAUGCAGGUGAACAGCGAGUGGUUGGAUCAACUCACCCCGCUACCACCCGACGACGGGAAGAUAGGGGUGAAAAAAAACAACAGCAUUUUGGAGAAGAAAUCCCGCUCUUCUUUUAAGAAACUCUUCAAGGGGAAAUCGACAGCCAAUCAGAGCGUGGUCACCGGGGGUGAUAGCCCGGCAACCAGUCCAAUCUCCUCCCCCACAUCGUUGGGAACCAAUAGUAUGGAGGAGAUGAAUAACCUUGAAGUUAUGGUGAAACAACCAAUGAAGAGUAAGAAGUCUAAAAUGAGCCUGAAGAGUGCUUCUCAACAGACUGUCAACACACAAGACAAUGACAGCGUGAAGAGCCGUAGGCCAUCAACAAAGAACAAAUGUAGUCCAUCCUGAUUCAAAACCUGAGUCAAUCCGGAAUCAAACCACCCCACUCAACUGGUGCUCUGUGGUCUUCCAUAAUACCUUUGGGAUCUGGUGCAAUAAUUAUUAGAAUGUGUCAAUUCUACUUGCUCUGUACAGAGAUAUUCUAUGGACAAACAGAGCCUUCCUGUGCCUUAAAGCUGAGAUCCGCGAUAGGUGGAACAGCGCCACUGGCCGACCCCAGGCACAUUAGUUGUUGUUUUUCUUUUGAGGAAAAGAGCAUCCAUGUUUGAAGUAGUAAUAUUGUGGUAAUAUUGUAAGUGGACGUGGCGGUUUCAUCACUAUGGAUUCCAGGUUGAAGAAGCGCUGUCACUGAGCACCAAGUCUAUGAUGCUUAUUAUACCAUGUAAAGAACAAUGUCAUGUUGCCUUGUGAAGUCUUGUAUGUCAUUAAUGGGACUUUUAGGUGUGUGUUUCAUGCUGUGACCAACGUAUGUCAAUGAUAAGUGGAUUGUGGAAUGGAUUUGAAUGGAUAUUUGAGUGUGUUUAUUCAGUAUAUAUAUAAAAAAAACAUGUUUCUCUGA